AUGGCGGCGGCGCCAGAGAGCAAGUCGCCGGAGGAGCUGCUCUGCGCGGCGGCGAAAUCCGGUGAAGAGGACGAAGUCUCUAAACUCGUUGCCUCAGGAGCUGACGCGACCCACUUCGAUGCCGAAGGCUUGACCCCGCUCAUGCACGCGGCCGCGAGGGGGCGGGGGGGGGGCACGCCGCCGUUGCGCGCCUCCCCCUGGAACGCGCUCUCCCCCUCGGGCGUCUCAGCAGGGGACCUAGCCUCCGAUCCGGACACCUACGACCUCCUCCUCGACCACGCCCUCCGCUCCGAGCUCGUCCUUGGCACCGUCGCGCGGCGGCAAGUGGCCCCCGCGAACGCCUCGGACGCCCCCCCGGCGGAGAGCUACCUUGAAUCCAGGGUCUCGUUCAGCGAGGAGAGGGUUUUGGACGCGGAGAGCAAGGCAGUGAUGAUGGCGUGGGAGCGGCCGCUGAUAGAGGCGCACGCGCGGGCGGUGUGGCAAGGUGCUCAACGUGGGGUUCGGGAUGGGGCUGGUGGACGAGGCGAUACAGAGGUACGAGCCCGAGGAGCACACGCCCACCCAGAGGUGCAUGAGCGGAUGCUCAAGCUCGGGUGGGGCGAGAAGAAGAACGUCAGAAUCGUGUUCGGGCGAUGGCAGGACGUGAUGCCGCAGCUCGGAUCUUAUGACGGUAUAACAUACCUUUUACCUUUGCUUAUUCAUCUCAUAGUUGUCAUGUUUGGUCAUCGAUGUUGCAAUGCUAAAUGCUUUCUUGUCUGA